AUUUUGGUUUACUUGGAUUAAAUUGAUUAAAGAGAGAAUAUGUUCAUCCUAGGACACCCAUGCCUUUUGCGCCGCCUUCAGCACGUGCAGUGCUAAUUAUGUCUGUGACUAACUUCGUGAAUGUUUAUAUAUAAGAGGUAUAUGUAAUCAAUACAAAUUCUGACAUAUUAUGAACGUUUCUAACUCAAAUAUAUUAAUCCAAUUUUGAAACUACAAAUUAAAAGAAAGAAAUUCAAAUGGCAGAAUUGAAGGUAAACGGAGUUAAGUAUAAUGUAAUAGACACAUAUGGUUUACUGCUGGAAGAACAAGACUAUACGCCACCACAAAUACAAGUGAUUGAAGCAAUCGUUGUUGAGGAAGAAGACGAGAAAAAGUUUGUUCUGUAUUGUGUGCAAGUGCGUCACGUCGUAAAAAGGUCUGGUUGCAUGCAGGCUUGCAUACACAGAAGAUACACACAGUUCCUAACACUGUAUCAGCAAUUAUCCAAUAUGUUUCCAAACUUGAUGUCUGAAGUAAGUUUUCCAAAGAAAGCUGUUGUUGGAAACUAUGAUAGAAAAUUGAUAUCUGUACGAAGCAGCUCAUUUGACAUGUUCCUACAGUAUGUACUCAGCAAUGAACGUUUAUAUGGUACUAGAGAAUUUGUACAAUUCAUACAGGAUUCAGAAUUAUCAUAUGCAAAAAAUCUGAUGAGUAUUAAAAAGUAUGAUGAAGCAUUACCUGUUUUAGAAGGUAGCCUGAUGGUACUGAAUAAUAUUUACACUGACCGAUCUCCACCAGUAUUGUUGGCUUUGUGCAGACUCAUAGCAUGUUCUUGCUUAUUGCCUGGAUCUCCACAGGCUGACAAAUGGACUGACUUAGCAAUUAAAAGAUUUGAGGGUGUCAGUGAUGGAGAUUUAUUAAUUCUUUAUGUGCCAUUGCUUCAUCUUGCUCUUGGAGUUUGGGGACACUAUGAUCUGGAUAAAACAAUGAUUCAAAAGAGAUUAAGUGAUUUAGUACAAAUGGGCAUCAAUUGUAAUGCUUCUAUGAAUCUUUUGGAAGCUGUAUGUUUUGUCGAGCUGAAGCUAUUUGGAGAUAGGGACAUGUAAAGAAAGUAUUGAUAUUGCCAAAUAAUCUUUGAGCUCUAAAUAUUCUUAUACUAUAUAAGUAUUGAAUCUCAUUGAUAAUUAAUUAGCCAAAUAUUUUAUUUAUUUUUAUAAUACUAUGUUAAAGAUUUAAUUUGGAAUGUUUACAUAAAUAUUUUAUGUGAUUAUGUUGCAAGCUAA